UAGUCUCAGUCCACGCUAUGUCAAAAGUCGCUCAAAUGGAAUGUAUGACCGGAAACGAUGCGUUAUUGGGCUUUGCACUGCAAGCUAUGGUUGUCGAGUCUGCCAUUAUUGUUACAAAGUCCGUCGCUUGGUUGCUGAAGAUGAUGGGAAUGCCUAAUGGAAUUGAUAUCCACUUGAAAGAGCCUGAAGCAUAUGCUGGGUUUCCACUGGCUCAGCUUCUUGCAGUGAGAAAACCUAGUCCUGAGAACAAGGAUGCCAGUGACACGGAGGACGAUGAUGAUAAUGUUGACGAUGAAGAAGCAGAAGAUGAUCAAGAUGAAGAUGCAGGCGAGGAGUAGGAUGCUUCUGGUGAAGAUGAAGGAGAUCCUGAAGAUGAACCCUAGGCCAACGGGGAAGGUGGCAGUGGAGAAGAGGAUGAUGAUGAGGAGGAGGAGGAG